GGUCUUCCGCCUCAUCGUCAUUCUCUGUUUCUUUCCUCCUCCAACUAUCCUACCUUUCCCAAACAUUGUUGAACUUCCUGCAAAAUGCCUACCUACACCAUUGCUAGCGGAGACACCUUGUGGAAAGUCGCUCAAGAUCAUGGCGUCACUCUAGAUGCCCUCAAGGCCGCCAACCCGCAGCUCACCAACCCGGAUCUCAUCUUUCCAGGCCAGGAGCUGCAGAUCCCGUCGGGUCAAACUCCUAGAAAUGAGCCAGCUCAGGCCGCAGAUCCGACUCCUCGUGAUAUAGGUAGUUCUGCAGCUCCGAGUUCAAGCUACAACAUAACACGUGCUCCUCCUCCGAUUCCGCCGCAGAUGGUUCCGCCACCCGCUCCUGGCGUUCCGCAAGGGCCCGCCUACAAAACAGUUGCAUAUUUUACCAACUGGGGCGUCUAUGGCCGUAACUACCAACCACAGGACAUUCCAGCCGAGUAUAUCACGCACAUCCUAUAUUCGUUUGCAAACAUCCGACCCACGGGCGAAGUAUUUCUGACAGACACCUACUCCGACCUCGAAAAGCACUACCCCAGCGACAGCUGGGACGAACCCAACACCAACGCCUACGGCUGCAUCAAACAGCUCUUUCUGCUCAAGAAGCAGCAUCGCCAUCUGAAGACCCUCCUCUCGAUUGGCGGCUGGACCUACAGCGCCAACUUCGCCCAACCGGCCUCCACGCCCGAGGGCCGCCACACCUUCGCCCGGAGCGCCGUGCACCUCCUCGCGGACCUGGGAUUCGACGGCAUCGACAUCGACUGGGAGUACCCGGCAGACCCGCAGCAAGCCGCCAACUUCGUGCUAUUGCUGCAGGAGACCCGCCGCGAGCUGGACCGCUACGCGGCCCACCUCCGCCUCCCCUCGCGGCUACUUUUGACCAUCGCCGCCCCCUGUGGCCCCACCCACUUCUCCAAGCUCCGCAUCCGUGACAUGGACCCUUACCUCGACUUCUGGAACCUGAUGUGCUACGACUUCGCGGGCAGCUGGGACGCGCACGCCGGCCACCAAGCCAACGUCUUCCCCGCGCCACAGGGCCACGAGCGGCUGACCCCGUUCAGUGCGGAUCACGCGGUGCACGCGUACGUCUCGCAGGGGGUGCACCCGAGCAAGAUCAUCUUCGGGAUGCCGUUGUACGGGCGCGCAUUUGAAAACACGGAGGGUCCCGGGCGGCCAUUCCAGGGGGUGGGCGAGGGGUCGUGGGAGAAUGGCGUGUGGGAUUACAAGGCCCUGCCGCCGGCGGGACAUCAGGAGUUUGUGGACAGCAAUCUGUUGGCGAGUUGGAGUCAUGCGCCCGGGGAGCGGAAGGUGGUCAGUUACGACACGCCGCAGGUGGCGGCGAUGAAGGUCGAGUACAUCAAGCGGAGGGGGUUGGGGGGCGCCAUGUGGUGGGAGUUGAGUGGGGAUCAUCCCGUCGGGCAUGAGCGGAGCUUGAUCCGGACAACGGUGAACGAAUUCAUGCGGACGGGGGAUCUGGAUCGGAGUCCGAAUACGCUGAACUAUCCGUUCAGUCGAUUUGAGAAUCUGAAGCGAGGAUUCGAGUAAUUUGUUGGGUACUGGUGAGGUAUUGAUUGAUGUGAACGGCGUGUCUCGUGAUGCAGAUAUGCGAACAUGUAUAGUGAACCUGACAAGCUU